AUGAAGGGUCUUUUUAAAUCCAAGCCACGAACUCCGGCGGAGAUUGUCCGUCUUACCCGUGAUCUCCUCGUUCAAUUUGAUAUGGGUAGUGUUCGUGAAAGCAAGCGCGAAGAGAAGAUGGUAGAGCUAAGCAAGUACAUACGAGAAUUGAAAUGUGUUUUAUAUGGAAAUAGCGAAGCAGAGCCAGUUGCCGAGUCUUGCACACAGCUGACCCAAGAGUUUUUCAAAGAGAACACAUUACGUUUGCUUAUCAAUUGUCUUCCCAAAUUGAACCUGGAGGCUCGCAAAGAUGCUACUCAAAUCGUUGCUAAUUUGCAAAGGCAACAAGUUCAAUCGCGUUUGAUUGCAUCUGAUUAUCUGGAAAGAAACAUAGAUCUGAUGGACAUUCUGAUGACAGGAUAUGAGAAUACGGACAUGGCCCUUCAUUAUGGUUCCAUGUUGAGGGAGUGCAUACGUCAUCAAGUUGUGGCCAAAUAUGUAUUGGAAUCAGAGCAUUUGAAGAAGUUCUUUGAAUUCAUUCAGCUCCCAAAUUUUGACAUUGCUGCUGAUGCUGCUGCAACUUUUAAGGAACUCUUGACCAGGCAUAAAUCCACUGUAGCUGAAUUUCUUACUAAGAACUAUGAUUGGUUUUUUGCAGAGUAUAACUCAAAAUUGCUGGAAUCUACCAACUACAUUACCAGAAGACAAGCAGUCAAGCUCUUGGGAGACAUGUUACUUGAUCGUAGCAAUUCUGCAACCAUGACGAAAUAUGUGUGCUCCAGGGAUAAUCUACGGAUACUUAUGAAUCUUCUAAGGGAGUCGAGCAAGACCAUCCAGAUAGAAGCUUUUCAUGUUUUCAAGCUAUUUGCUGCAAACCAAAACAAGCCAGCUGACAUCGCUAACAUUCUUGUUGCAAACAAGAGCAAGCUUCUUCGAUUACUAGGCGAGCUCAAGACUGAUAAAGAGGAUCAACAAUUUGAUGCAGACAAGGCUCAAGUCAUGCAGGAAAUCGCUUCUCUUGAACCCAAAGAGCUUGCAUAAGCUAUUUUUAUUGUUGUUGUGUAUUAUCAUUUUCCAUUGUAUCCCCGGCUCUUUUUAUCCUCCCCUUGAGCCCUUUUUCCAAAGCAUAAACCUGUGGAUUUAGCAGCACCGUGGUGUCCUCUGUUUGGCACUAGUAUCUAAUCGUUUACUGCCCUUUUUAUUUUAUUUACCCUUAUCCCUUGAUCCACAGAUGUUAAUUAGAAGGUAGCUUCCAGUUCUCAAUAUCUUCUAAUUUUGAGUUAAUUGAGAACACCUUUGUAAAAAAAAAAAAAACGUCAAAGGUAAAUAUGGUUGAUUUGACAAGUUCAAAGUGCAAUACAUCUUUCUGUGUGGCUUCUUCUAUGUCA